AUGGAUCUGAUCAAGGAGUACGGAGGGGACUCCUCCGUUGAGGAUGAAUUACUCGUGCGCGACCUCUCCUUAGAGGAGGACAUCAAUCUGGAUUGGCUGGCAACUCUAGGAGCAAGGUUCAAGUCAUCAGCUCUAAUUGGAGAGAGAGUCUCCCCUCUACCUCAAGAGCAGGUCGUGGGGACGAGAAACCUCCAGCGAUUAAGAGGCGUCGUGGCCCUGGAAGACCACUGGGUUCAAAUAAGAAGCUUGCAAGACCACAUCAAUCUUAUGCCUCAGAUUCUGAGGAUGACCCUAGCUCAGUCCAAGUCUCCUCUGAUUCUUCUUGUGAAGAGAAUGCUCGGGCGAAGAAGCCCACAACUAACCAUUCCAAGUCGAAGUCAGCAGCUGCUUUGCCUUCCUCUGUCAAGAGAGGUCCUGGAAGACCUAAAGGAUCAAAAAACAAGUCGAAAAAGGAACAAUCAUGUGCCUCAGACAAUUCGGGGCUGUCGUGUCACAUUUGUAGAGAGGGCCGUGAUGGUGGGGCAUUUUGUCUUACCGAUUGUGGCCAUUUAUUUCACAAGAAGUGUUGAGAUCGUUGGAUUGCGACGUCUAGCCAGAAGUAUAGGACUCACAAAACGUGUCCAUACUGCGGUGGCACCUUCCAAAGCAGCAUCCCGUUUUAUGGGUAGGUUGUACGCUGUUUGGACUUGAGUUUCUCAAGGUUUGGAAAUGCUUUGUAUAUCAUUGUAUAUAAUUUUAAGUUAAAUUUAAGUUGACUGUGGAAUCAGAAUCGGAGUCAGAGUGACAGUGGCUAAGAAAUAUUCGACAUUUGCCGAUUUUAAUAACUGUUGUCUGCUGUUUGGCAAUGCUUUUCUUAUUGUGUAUAAUUUUAAUUUAAUAAGAUAUUAUUUGAGAUGAAUGUGCUGUGUCAAUUUGGCAUCUUUUCUAGCUUUUUAUUAGUUAGUACUCUACUUGUAUUUGUGCUGUCAAUUUGGCAUCCUUUGUGCUUUUGAAUAGUACUUGACAUGUGUAUUUUCAUGAAUUUCAUUAUGAUGUAAUGACUAAGGUUGAUUAAAUUUUAUGACC